UAUUUCAUAAAAAAUUUUGUUGCCUUUAUCUGUUAUGGAUAUGGUGACCACGAAUUUACAACAACAACGACAAAUCACGGAGCAGCUACGUCGUGAAGCUGCUUUAAAACGAAUCACGGUUAGCAAAGCUGUUGAAGAUAUCAUGAAAUAUAUCACAGAACACGAACAAGAAGAUUAUCUUUUGGUUGGUUUUUCAUCACAGAAAUCAAAUCCCUUUCGUGAAAGAAGUUACUGUACCAUUUUUUAAACUUGCAUGUUUAAAAUAAAAAGCAAGUUAUUUUAAUUUUUUUUCUUUAAAUAUUCAAAUUUUAAUGUUUAAAUUAAUAUAUUAUUGUAACAUCAUUUAUAUUAUGAAUAUUCAAUAUACAUUUAUCAAUUU